AUGUCCGACGAAGAAGUUCAGGCCCUUGUUGUAGACAAUGGUUCCGGUAUGUGUAAAGCUGGUUUCGCUGGUGACGAUGCACCAAGAGCUGUAUUCCCUUCAAUUGUUGGACGCCCUCGUCAUCAGGGUGUCAUGGUUGGUAUGGGUCAGAAAGACAGUUAUGUCGGUGAUGAAGCUCAAUCGAAACGUGGUAUUCUCACCUUGAAGUAUCCCAUUGAACACGGUAUUGUCACCAAUUGGGACGAUAUGGAGAAGAUUUGGCAUCAUACAUUCUACAACGAAUUACGUGUCGCCCCUGAGGAACAUCCUGUCCUUUUGACUGAGGCUCCAUUGAAUCCGAAGGCCAAUCGUGAGAAGAUGACACAAAUCAUGUUCGAGACAUUCAACACACCAGCCAUGUAUGUUGGUAUUCAAGCUGUCCUGUCAUUGUAUGCCUCCGGUCGUACAACUGGUAUUGUGUUGGACUCUGGUGAUGGUGUCACUCACACUGUGCCAAUCUACGAAGGUUAUGCUCUUCCACACGCUAUCCUACGUUUGGAUCUUGCUGGUCGUGAUUUGACUGACUACCUGAUGAAGAUUUUGACUGAACGUGGUUACAGCUUCACCACAACCGCCGAGAGAGAAAUCGUUCGUGAUAUCAAGGAGAAGCUGUGCUAUGUUGCCUUGGACUUUGAACAAGAGAUGGCCACUGCUGCAUCAAGCUCAUCUUUGGAGAAGAGUUAUGAACUUCCCGAUGGUCAGGUCAUCACUAUUGGUAAUGAACGAUUCCGUUGUCCUGAGGCAUUGUUCCAACCAAGCUUCUUGGGUAUGGAAUCUGCUGGUGUCCACGAGACCACCUUCAACUCGAUCAUGAAAUGUGACGUUGAUAUUCGUAAAGAUUUGUAUGCCAACACUGUGCUGUCUGGUGGUACUACCAUGUUCCCUGGUAUUGCUGAUCGUAUGCAGAAAGAGAUCACCGCCUUGGCACCAAGUACAAUGAAGAUCAAGAUUGUUGCUCCACCUGAGAGGAAAUACUCCGUCUGGAUUGGUGGUUCUAUUCUCGCCUCACUGUCCACUUUCCAACAGAUGUGGAUCUCAAAACAAGAAUAUGAUGAAUCUGGUCCAGCUUGAUUCCAUACUGUAUUAUCAGUAGCCAAUCAGUAAUGCAAUGAUUUAGGAAGAUAACUGUUAGAAGAGAGACUAGGUGUAAGACAGUGGAACAAGGGAGAGGAAGCCUCGAAAAUGUGGUGUACAUUCAUAUAUUAUAUAUACGGUGGAUGAAUUAUUGGAAUGAAAGAACAAGGUGGGGUAAGUUAGGAGGGGUGCCUGUGGAAAAGAAGGAGAUACUGAACACGUCAAGUUGAUGUUAGUUAACAAGGCAGGGCUGAGGAAAGGCAAAUCAUACGGGAAUCAAAUUCCAACUCUACACAUCACCAACAUCAUCCAACAAAGCUUCGAAUGCCAGUCAAAUCUCUGUCCCGCUUUCACUAACUUUGAAAAGACGUUCAACAGCGUUGACGGCGAAGUAAUUAGGAAAUUGCUUCAACACUAAGGAGUCUGGUACCGCUAGCCUUUAUCACCGUUAUUAAACCACAUCCAUAUGAUGAUGUCGUAUACCAAAUGAUCUUCAACGGAAAUCUCAGCGAUAACUUUGAAGAAGUCAAGAUAGGAGUAAGACGAGGCUGCCUACCUACUGUCUCCAAUGAUAAUAUUCCUGACUUUCGUGGGCCGGAUCAUGGAACAGACAAUAAUUGGGAGUGAGGCGACAGACAUAAAUUGAACUGCCAAGGAGACUCUAGAAUAUUUCUCACACAAAAUCGAAGAUAUGAAGGCUGAAAAAGGCAAAAAGUUGUCAGAG